UCCUUAAAAUUAAGAAUUAAUAUGUCUUCGUCAGGCAAAAAACUCAAGGGCUUCAUGUGUCAUUGCCCGGCGUCGACGGUCGUGUGUAUGAGCCAAGAAUAUCGCUCUCCCGGCGCCGGCGCCGGCCCCGGCCCCCUCAAGCAUCAACCAAAGUAUGCUCGAUUAGGCGCAGCCAAAUCUGCUUCUUGUAAUUUGUCUUUCAGGGACAAUAAUAUGAAUAAUCAAGAAAUUAUUAUAAAGGAAGAAACGGUGGCGCCGCCGCCUCCGGAACCUUCACUUGCCGCGUCUAGUAGUGUCUUUCAGGUGGUUGUGAUGAGAGUGUCGAUUCACUGCCGUGGCUGUGCUGGUAAACUCAAGAAACAUCUCUCCAAAAUGGAAGGGGUGACGUCAUUCAGCAUUGAUCUGGAGAGCAAGAGGGUAACGGUCAUGGGACACGUGUCACCAUCUGGUGUUCUGGAGAGUGUAUCAAAGGUGAAAAAGGCCGAAUUCUGGCCCUGUUUAUGACCCAAUAAUUAUAUAUAUAUAUAUAUAUAUAUUACUUCUUUAUAUGAUUUUGACCUCUCCCAUAAUUAAAUUAAAUUAACUUAAAUAUUUAUUAUUAAUUGGCCGUGUGUAUUAUUCAUUAAUUCCCAGCCCAUUGACUUGCGUUGUUGAACCCAAACAUUUAAUGGAGAUUAUUAAUCUUCAUUUAUGAA